UCCUCGGUUGGAUCGAUAAGUGGAGAUGAAGAAGAACGAACGAUCGCACGUCUUCGCCGUCGCAGUUGGCCGAGAUGGAAGAAAGAGAGAACGGAGAGGAGAAGACUGAAGAGCAGAGGAGGGAAGUUUCUUAUUUUGCGGGUCGGAGGAAUGAGCUGUUUACUUCCGACGUCGGAUUCGGGCGGAUGCCGCAGCGCAUUUUAGUUAUUGGAACCUUCUUAUUUGUUUCGAUUCGUCCGGAAGGGGAAAUAGAUCAGACCGACAACGCGACGCGGUGCGAAAGGAAUUAAUUUCGGGAUUUGGGAAUCGGGGAGAGGAAGCAAGAGGUGAAGGAGGCGAUCAGUGGAGAUUUUCUUUAUAGAUCCUUUCACCAGCGAUGGCAUCUUCGUUAGAACAAUGGAUGAAAGAGUUCAACGAAGCAUCAAGGCUUUCUGAGGAAAUUAGUGUUAUGCUUUCUGAAAGGGGCUCUUUGCCUCCAUCUGGGCCUGAGACCCAACGCCAAUUGACUGCAAUGAGGAGGAAGAUAACAAUUCUUCGGACCAGACUGGAGAACUUGGAGUCGCUUCUUUCAAAGCUUCCUAGCUUACAGCCAAUAAAGGAUAAGGAAUUACACAAGCGCCAAGAGAUGCUAUCAAAUCUUAAAUCUAAAGCAAAUCAGAUGGCAUCCACGUUAAACAUGUCCAACUUCGGGAACAGGGAGAACUUGCUUGGAGAUGGUAAAAAACCAGUUGAUGUGGCAACAAUGGUCGCUGGGUUGGAUAAUCAGGGUAUUGUUGGUUUGCAGAGGCAGGUUAUGAGAGAGCAAGACCAGGGUCUUGAACAACUGGAGGAGACUGUGUUAAGCACCAAACAUAUUGCAUUAGCAGUUAAUGAAGAGCUGGAUCUGCACACAAGAUUAAUUGAUGAUCUGGACCAGCAAGUUGAUGUAACCGACUCAAGGUUACGGAGAGUUCAAAAGAGACUGGCAAUCCUCAACAAGCGCACAAAAGGUGGCUGUUCUUGCAAGUGUCUGCUCUUAUCGGUCAUCGCUAUUGUAGUUCUCAUUGUUGUAGUCUGGUCCCUCAUCAAGUACUUGUAAAAGGGCAUCAGGAAUGUAAUAAUGCUAUUUGCAAGUGUGCUACAAUUCUGCUAGUGUUCUCCCCAGAGGCACUUAAUCAUAUUUUUUUCUUCUUUA